GUCUUUCAAAUCAAUGUGCAAGGCACAGUGGGAAGUAGAAAAGUGGGUAAGACAGAUCCUUAUAGACUAAAAGAAAUGUAUGUCAGAAAGAGGUAGCCUAUUAAGGUAAUGUGAGAUACCGAGUUAAACCAUUGACAAAGCAGUUCUAUGAGAAGAUCAAAAAGAGCUUUAUGGGACAGGUGGUAUUUGAGUUGGACCUUGAAUCUUACCUAGAUCGCGGAGUAGGGGUGGGAUGAGGAUAGCACUUAAAUAGGAAUAGCCUGGAAACAGGUAAAGGGAUGGAAAGUGCAGGUAUAAUAUGGAGGAGUGGAAAAAGUAGCUUGGAGACAAAUUAUUUUAAAAAAAAAAAGGUUAAGGAGUUUCAACUAUGUAUGGUAGGCCUUUUGUAGUCAUUGUUUUGUUUUUUAAGUAAGGCUGGUUCCUCCACCUAAGUUGUUAUAAUUGUAUCCUUUCCUUCUCCUCUGGAAUUUUUUUGAUCAAUUAGUUCCUGUUCUCUUUUUAUUUUAAAUUGCUGUCUCUACUAAUUACUUGCCUAAAGUCAGUGGGUAUGCUCACAUUACUUCCAGUUUUAAACACAGACACACAAACUCUUGAGCCUCUCUGCACGUCGACACUGCUGUACCACUCUCCUUCCCUCUAUAACCAGGCUCUUCAAACCAGGACCAUACACCUACUUCCCUAAGACCCCAUUGACUUGUCAACCUACUGUAGCCAGAUACCUGUCACCACUGCUCAAAAAAACAGCACUGACAAAGGGUCACCAGUAAUCUUGCGAAGUGAGCACUUCUAAGUCCUUCUCUUGACCUCUUUUUAACUUUAAAUCAUAUUAACUACUCCUUGAAACUCUCACCUCCCUUGGCUUUAUGGACACACUCUCCCUCUAGUUCUCUUCCUUUUCUCUAAUUUUCUUCCUCAGUUUUUUGCUGCCCUGCUUUUCCUGUGUCUUCUUCAUAGGUUCUUUUAAUAGGGAAGAACUUACGUAUUGCUUUUAUUUGUUUUAUAUAUUGAAAGCCAAAGUAAGACCUGCUUAAUUAAAAAAAACAAAGUGAUGCAAUUCUUACAGUAGACUCCUAUGAGUCUUCCAGCCUGAUUUCUUACUCAUUCAUUCCAUUUUUCAGAUUCCUGGAAAUUAUUUUUCUAAAAAUAUUAAUGUUAUCAUGCUGGUUCCCUAAAGGGAGGAUUUUAAUCCCCUGGGCUCUUCAAUGCCUAAAAGACAGAGUCCAAGCUCCUCUGUGAAGCCUUUCCUCAUACACCUCUCUUCCAGCCUGAAUAUCAUGCCCUCUCUAUUUCUGUUGUGCAUGUGCACUGAAUGAAACAAACACAUGUUUAUGUAUGAAUGGGAAGGAAUCAUCUUUGUCUUCCUGACACCUAGGAAGUUAUAAGAAGGGCAGGAGAGAAUAGAGACAGGAAAAGGAGUUAGAAUACUAUGGUGUUAGUCCUAGCAACAAGAUAGUGUCAAUCUGAAAUAAGGGCUCAGCAAAAAGGUAAUAUGGGAAGGAGAGAAUUAGUCAACUUGCAAUUGCCUAAAGCUGCUGUCUUCAAACUUUUUGAUCAUUGAACUCUCUCUAUAAAAAUAAUUUGAGUAUACACCCCUGAAAUAUGCAUAAUGACUUAUAGAUUACAUAUGUGAAGUGAUGUACUAAUAUAGAUUAUGAAAUAUAAAAAAGGAUGGGGCAAAAAAUUGAAUAAAUUCUAAUAUUUUCUUCAAAUCUCAAUAGAUGAGUACAGACUCCUGUGGUAGCCACUAAACUGAAAGAUGGAUCCAGAACUUAACUAGCAUGCAAGACCCUUUGUGAUCUGGCCUCUAGCUACCUCUCCAGCCCAUCUGUAACCACUCCACUCUCCUUUCAACCCUCUCAAGCCUUGAAAUUAAUUUAUUUUUCAAUGCUUUAUCAGCCAGUAAGAUCCUAGUAGUUAGCUCUGUGUUUUUGCAUCUGUUUGGAGUGGCCACUAUCUGCAUGGCGAACUCCUGUUGACUCUUCAGCUCGGGCUCUGAUACUAUCUCCUCUGAAGCCUUCCCCAGCAUCCCCCAGCACCACCACCAGAGUUGUGAAAGAAGUUGCAAGGACAUAGGCAAGGGGCUGUAGAUGAAAAGCACGAAUCAAAAUGACUCAAAGAUUUCCAACUGAUACCAUACAGCGCUCAAAAUGGAUCAGGGCUGUUAAUCGUGUGGACCCCAGAAGCAAAAAGAUUUGGAUCCCAGGACCAGGUGCUAUACUAUGUUCCAAACAUUUUCAAGAAAGUGACUUUGAGUCAUAUGGCAUAAGAAGAAAGCUGAAAAAAGGAGCUGUGCCUUCUGUUUCUCUAUACAAGGUUCUUCAAGGUGUACACCUUAAAGGUAAAGCAAGACAGAAAAUCCUAAAACAGCCACUUCCUGAUAGUUCUCAAGAGGUUGCUACUGAGGACCACAAUUACAGUUUAAAGAGACCUUUGACAGUAGGUGCAGACAAACUGGCCGAGGUGCAGCAGAUGCUACAAGUGUCCAAAAAAAGACUUGGUUCUGUAAAAAACUACAGGAUGAUCAAGAAGAGAAAGGGCUUACGGUUAAUUGAUGCACUUGUAGAAGAAAAACUACUUUCUGAAGAAACAGAGUGUCUGCUACGAGCACAGUUUUCAGAUUUUAAGUGGGAGUUGUAUAACUGGAGAGAAACAGCUGAGUACUCCACAGAAAUGAAGCAAUUUGCAUGUACACUCUACUUGUGCAGUAGCAAAGUCUAUGAUUAUGUAAGAAAGAUUCUUAAGCUGCCUCAUUCUUCCAUCCUCAGAACAUGGUUAUCCAAAUGCAAACCCAGUCCAGGUUUCAACAGCAACAUUUUUUCUUUUCUUCAACGAAGAGUAGAGAAUGGAGACCAGCUAUAUCAGUAUUGUUCACUGAUAAUAAAAGGUAUAUCUCUCAAGCAACAACUUCAGUGGGACCCCAGCAGUCACCAUUUGCAAGGGUUUAUGGACUUUGGUCUUGGCAAACUUGAUGCUGAUGAAACGCCACUUGCCUCAGAAACUAUUUUGUUAAUGGCAGUGGGUAUUUCUGGUCAUUGGAGAACACCUCUUGGUUAUUUUUUUGUAAACAAGGCAUCUGGAUAUUUGCAGGCUCAGCUGCUUCGUCUGACUAUUGGCAAACUGAGUGACAUAGGGAUCACAGUUCUGGCUGUUACGUCUGAUGCUACAGCUCAUAGUGUUCAGAUGGCAAAAGCGUUGGGGAUACUUAUUGAUGGAGACAACAUGAAGUGUACAUUUCAGCAUCCCUCAUCUUCUAGUCAACAGAUUGCAUACUUCUUUGAUUCUUGCCACUUGCUCAGAUUGAUAAGAAAUGCAUUUCAGAAUUUUCAAAGCAUUCAGUUUAUUAAUGGCACAGCACACUGGCAACACCUUGUGGAGUUAGUAGCACUAGAGGAACAGGAAUUAUCAAAUAUGGAAAGAAUCCCAAGAAAACUUGCAAAUUUGAAAAACCAUGUACUGAAAAUGAAUUCUGCUGCCCAACUCUUCAGUGAGAGUGUGGCCAGUGCGUUAGAAUGUUUGCUGUCGUUAGGCCUGCCUCCUUUUCAAAACUGUAUUGGUACCAUCCAUUUUUUACGCUUAAUUAACAAUCUGUUUGACAUUUUUAAUAGUAGGAACCGUUAUGGAAAGGGACUUAAAGGACCUCUGUUGCCCGAAACUUAUAGUAAAAUUAAUCACGUGUUAAUUGAAGCUAAGACUAUUUUUGUUACAUUAUCUGACACUAGCAAUAAUCAAAUAAUUAAAGGUAAGCGAAAACUAGGAUUCCUGGGAUUUUUGCUUAAUGCUGAGAGCUUACAGUGGCUCUACCAAAAUUAUGUUUUCCCAAAGGUCAUGCCUUUUCCAUAUCUUCUAACUUACAAAUUCAGUCAAGAUCAUCUGGAGUUAUUUCUAAAGAUGCUUAGACAGGUAUUAGUAACCAGUUCUAACCCUACCUGCAUGGCAUUCCAGAAAGCUUACCAUAAUUUGGAGACCAGAUACAGAUUACAAGAUGAAGUUUUUCUAAGUGAAGUAAGCAUCCUUGACAUUUCAAUUGCUCGAAGGACAGACUUGGCCCUUUGGACAGUUCAGCGUCAGUAUGGUGUCAGUGUUAUGAAGACUCCUUUUCACAAAGAGGAUAUUUGCCAAGACUGGUCUAAUUGUUCGCUAAGUGAAGCACUGCUAGACCUGUCAGAUCACAGGCGAAAUCUCACCUGUUGUGCUGGGUAUAUUGCAAAUAAGUUAUCAGCUCUUUUAACUUGUGAGGACUGCAUCAGUGCACUGUAUGCAUCAGAUCUCAAAGCCUCUAAAGUUGGGUCACUCUUAUGUGUUAAAAAGAAGAAUGGUUUACAUCUCCCUUCAGAAAGUCUAUGUCGAGUCAUAAAUAUUUGUGAGCGAGUUGUAAGAACCCAUACAAGAAUGACAGUUGAUGAACUACUUCCUCAACAGAGGGAAUUGUAUCUUCAACAGAAAAUAUUAUAUGAGCUUUCUGGGCAUAUUUAUCUUUUUGUACAUUUAGAUGAGCAUCUCUUUGAUGGAGAAGUGUGUGCCAUCAAUCACUUUGUAAAGUUACUAAAGGAUAUAAUAAUCUGUUUCUUAAAGAUCAGAGCUAAAGAUGUAGCUCAGUACCCUUUAAACCACCAUACAGAAAGAACUGAAGUGAAAACUUUGUCAAGGAAACACUGGUCAUCUUUACAGGAUUACAGAAUUUCAAGUUUUGCUAAUACCAGUAAAUUCAGGCAUUUGCUAAGUAACGAUGGCUAUCCAUUCAAAUGAGGGACCUAAAAUAUAUUAAAAUUUUUAUUAAGAAUAUUUGGUCAACGUUUAUUUUAAAGUUCAACUUACCAUAUUUUAUAAAUUGACCAUUCUGCACAGUGGACAAGUUUGCAGUUCUGACUUAUUUAGAAUUUCUAAUUAUAAAAUCUGCUCGUUCUUUGGUGUGGCUUGCAGCAUUUCAGCUACCCAAAAUGUAGAAAGCAGUAAGUCAGUAGGAGCAGACUAGCCAACAGAGGUGCUGUCUUUGAAUUUACUACUGUAAGACUGAGUAAUGUGCCUGGACAUACUUGUACUUCUUCAUUCUACUUUAAAAACAAGAGAGAAUAAUGACAACUAAGAGUCACCAGAACAUUGACUCCUUUUAUAAAGAGACUACAUUCCCUAAAAGAGCUUUGGUUUACAGUUCUUAAGAAUGCUGACAGAAUACCUAAAAAACCUUGAAUAUAAUUUUUACUUACAUAAGAAAAUUAAGAUGGGUUCGAAAAUUAGGCUAAAUUAAAAUAUCAAAUACCACAAAAAUCUCUCUACCCAGGUACCCUAAAAUAGAAAUAGUUGUGCUUUAUCAGGCAGAAGGUAAACAUGUGAGCCAAGAUGGCUCCUUGUGCUGCAACCAAGCUGGGGAGUGUAGUCUGGGAAGUACAUAGGUGGUAUCAUUUUCACAAUAAAUCGUCCCUGGCCUUCAAAAUACUACUUUUGAAUAAUAUAAUAGAGUGGGUACUUACUUGACUCCUAUUGGAAGAACCCAAUGCUCAUCAGAGAAUGAGGAGAAGCCUUUAUUUCAACUUCUGCUCCUUCUGAAGUCUACUUGUGUUUGCAGGGAGGCUAAAAUAAUGAAAUAUAUUUUCAUUGUUGAAUGAAUAAUGGAUAUGAAAAAAUUUGUCUUAAUUAUAUAAUGAGUUUUUUUUAGAAAUUUAGGAGAAGCUUAAAUAUUCUGAAGAUGGAAACAUACUUAGGACAAUCUUCUCCAUUCUUUUUACACCUGGACUUGAAAAUAAACAGAAAAACAUAUAUCUACUUUCACAAAAGGGAGUAUUUUAACGGAUAAAGAAGAAACGGGCAUAUUAUUCACCUGUGUAUGUGAAACAUCUACUUUUUGUCACUGAGUGAAUGUUCCCAAAGUACAGUUAAUGUGAAAACUUAAAAUUGCAAAAGUUUAAUAUGAGGUAGAAUUUGACUUUUAUUAACUGAAAUUCCCCUAAAUAGUAUAUUUUGAUAUAUUUCUGUUUGUUCUACCUCAAAGGCUUAAGUUUUGAAAUAUAACCAGAUUUGUACUACAUUUUAUACAAGAGCUAUUGCUGAAAAGUCUAAAUAUUGUGGGUUUUGUUUUGUUUGCAAUAGAAUGAGUUUAGAUGCACCAAGAUAAAUCUUAUUUACAGGAGGCCUGUUUGUAAAUCACCACCUUUAACUUAUUGCUUAUAUAAAUCCAAGUUUUGUACCUGAUUUUUACCUAAAACUAGGUUCGUAUCUGUAGUGUCUUAUGCUCUUUACUAUUACAUUUGACUAAUCUACUAAUAUAUUCUGUAUUGUAAGAAAUGAGUGUUUUGCCUUAUUUUUUUUAAGUACUGGAUAAAUUGGACAAACAUUGAAGAUAAGAAAAUUUCCAUGGCUGCCUUUACACAGUUAGUUGCUCUUGCCUUAGUGAAAGGGUUCCAAGUCUGAUAUCAGAUUUACUUGAUAUGAUGUGCUUUACAGUGAAAUUUUUUUUAAUAAUUUUAUUUAUUUUUUCCCCCAAAGCCCCAGUAGAUAGUUGUAUGUCAUAGCUGCACAUCCUUCUAGUUGCUGUACGUGGGACGUGGCCUCAGCAUGGCCGGAGAAGCGGUGCAUUGGUGCACGCCC